AUGUGUUACAAAAUAGCUCCCAAGAUGGCGUGCUUUUUGAUAUUGCUUCUUGUAUUUCAAAUUGUAUCAGGCAGCGAAGCCCCCAAACGGGAUGCUGUUCUUGAUCACAUUAAUAAUGGAGCGAAAUUUGUUCAAGAUUUCCUUGGAACCGACUCAAUUGCCCUAAAGGUCGCAAAUUUUGUUGUGCGAGCAUUUCAAACUGGAAAUAUUGCGGGGACAAAAGCUGAACAUGAUCCAUCAUCAGCUGAAUCACCAUUAUCACCAGGACACGAUCAUUUUCAAGACAAAGCACCGAAUUACAAUAUCAAUGAGAAACCAUCAUUUUCUUUAUGGCGACAAUUAAUAAAAGUAUUGGGCUUGCAGUCGAACCAAAUAAGUGCUGUUGCAGUCAAUGCUCUUAUUUUACUGGCUCAAAUGAUAGCAACAAUUUUAUCCGGCCCAAAACGACAGACUGCCCACCGCAAUGAUGACUUGCAAACGUGGAUACUAAAUAAGAACUCGAGGAGACUACAGGAUAUUAUUGCCACUGCUAAAAAUGAAUCUUUACCUGAACACAUCGAACAAAUUAUUGAUGAUAACGAAGACACCAGCUGUAUCCGUUUAUUAAUAUGUAAAAUUACCCCAUUUGUCAACAAUAUGCAGAAAGCUGUAUUUAGAAAGGAUUUUAAUGAUGAAAAUAUAAAUGAUUCUAAAGAAAAACAUGGCGCCAGUCUUCUUUAUCGCCAUCUACCGUCUGAAGAGGAAAUUAGUAGCAAGGGUGAGAUCUGUGAACGAAGGUACAAGGAUUGCGAUCUUAAUGAAUGAGAACUUAAAUUUAAUAUUUGAACAAACAAGUUCAAAUAUUUAUUAUCUGCGUCUUGAUUCUUGUAUUAAAAUUAUAAAAGAUAAUAAAUCAUGAAAUUGUUACAGUUUAACCUAUAGUUUGCGCAUAUCAAGAAUCGAACGAACAAUUUAAUAAUUAAAUAAGUAGAUAAGCUUUUUUAUUUUUAAUAAUAUAAUUAUCUAAUCUAAAUCGGUCUCUGCUAUGGGAGUUGGGCUUGCGAUACAAGGAUAUAGAAAGAAGAAAACGAGUUGCAUAUAUUUAGCAGUAAAUUAAGGUGAAUAUAGCGAUUCGAUC